UGACCUAGAGGUGUUUAGAUUCCGGCUUCACGUGAGUCACAGUUUCUUAGUGGUGUUGUUCUUCUAAAGCCUUAUGAAGAGUGACAGCUUAGACGGAUACACCUUCCAAGAUAAUCUUUUCUCCUUCAAAGUUAUUCGCUAGGUUAGAAGCAAGAUUGGUAUUUUGUUACUGUUUUCAUUGUUUGCACUAAUCGAUGAGAGCUUAUAAAGUACUAAGCCACUUUCUGCUAAAUAAUAUCGCACUAAAACUAGUUAUAUUUUGAAAAGGUGUUUUGUUGCUUUCACUGGUGGAGUGAGUAAUGUUCUUUAGUUAUUAUAUAAUAAUACUUUCUGUUGUAAUAACGUAAAAUUACUGUUAUGUCAACGCAUACAUAAUUCUGUCUUUGUAGAUAAGAGAGAUUGGUUGGCUGAAACUCGCAAUAUUUUGUCGAUGGCGUGUGUUCCACUGUGUAGCAGGUCAAAGCUGAAUGUUCCUUUAUUUCUUCGCGCUACUUCUGAUUUACUGACUAUUAUUCUGCUUCACGCAGUGUAUUUUCUGAUUAAGUUUUUCGGUAGUCGUAAAUGGAGUUUCUUUUGUGAUGAUUGGAGCAUUAAAUAUCCGUACAAAGGCAAUACUGUAUCCUCUCUAGCAGUAUGCCUAUAUGGUUAUCUAACGCCGAUUGUUAUAAUUGUCCUAGUGGAAAUAGGCACAGCAAUAUUUAGAAAAAAAACCGAAAGGAGUUAUUCAAUGAAAAGUUCACUGCCAUUUAUUUAUGACUUCUGUAUUGCUUCUCUUGUGUCACACGGAGUUUGUGUCUUCUUGACAACACUUACAAAGUAUAACCUGGGUCGAUUGAGACCGCAUUUUUGGGAUGUGUGUCAACCGAAUGUUCCGCUUAAUUGUACAGGACUACAAACGGUGUACACAUGUCAAGGCACUAGACAAGAUUUAAUUCAUGAUGUUUUCUUAUCAUUUGUGUCUGGUCAUGCAUCAACAGCUGCUGCAGGUGUCUUUUUCUCUGUGAUAUAUCUCCAAGCUCGCCUGCAGUUGCCUCCAUUGCCUUUGUUUCGACCAUUCAUUCAGUAUGCACUAAUCGCUAGUUUGAUAUAUGUGUGCACUACUCGUGUAACUGAUCACUAUCAUCAUGCGACGGAUGUUUUAGCUGGAUUGAUACUGGGUUUUCUAACUUCAGUAUUUGCUAAGGUCGUCAUUUAACCACCAUGCAUGAAUCACAUGUGGUAGCUGUUCUCUUCACACUAUUGAUUGACUGGUCACUUGUUUUAAGAGAGCGAACAGUGUGGUCGAAGUCGUCGAUUACCAACAGAUCCAAGAGCGAAUCCAUUGCUGUCUUGUUCGUCCAAGUCACCUAAGAAUACAAAUAUUAUAGUGAAUACGUUGAAAAUACCAACAGGCAACAAAGCGAGCUGAAGUGAAUAUUCCUGAAAAAGGCAUUUUCCACGUUCAUCAAGUCAAGAGAGAGGGACUAAUAAGUGAAACCAAUUGACAGAUUCGUUUAGACUUCAGGAAAUCUUGUCAAAACUAUGAACUACUUACACAAGUUAGUAGGAGAAACACAUAAAAAGACAUUCAAGUUGUAAUUCUGCCUUGUAAUAUUAGUGAAUUCAUCUUUCCACCGGAGUGAAGCUGCUUUGUGACAGAGUGAAUAACAUACCACAUUUGGAUGAAAUUUAUCUUUCAUUGUGUAUAUAUUGUGUUGAGCAAAAUAAAAACUGAAUCCUUUUGAGACAACCCUUCUCUUUCCCUCAGUAGUCAGCAGCUACAGAUUCUAAUGUAAUC